AUGGUGAAGUCACCACUUUCGAAUUUGGAAGCAUUGAAGCAAUCAGAAACGGAGAUGACGAUUCCAUUGAGCACUGUUGGGCUUGCAGAAUCAGCCCGAACUCUAGCAUACACGUCUAAGGCUCAAGCAGAGGCAGCUGAAGCUGAAGCGAAGGCUGUUCACGCACAAGCCGAGGCUGCUCAAGCCUUGGUUGAGGCAGCACGAGCUCAAGCAGAGAGUGCACGCGCCCGAGCCGAGGCAGCGAAAACAUUAGCAGAAUGGUCCAAAAGUCAAGCGACGGCUGCACAGGAACUUGCGGACAAGCUAGCGGGAUAUUGUAAAUGA